CCAGUGUGUUGGCAGCGCCGCGUGGCAACGGUAAUUGAAUUGAAUCGGGUAUUGUUAGCGGUUUUACCUAACGGAAAAUGUGACGGAAUAUUGGCGGGAUUGUCGUGUUAUAAUUUAUUUGUUUUAGUUAACACCGUGAUAUCGAGCAUAACGAAUCGAAUAUCGAGCAUUGUUAGCAGUGCAAGUGUAAAAGUGCUGAUGCUGUAACUUAAAUAAAAGUGUUACCCGUGUUAUGGCUCAACCAAAAUUCCAAAAAAGAUAUUUCCAAUCCAUGAGUGACUAAAGGCAACCAUGUCUUCCGGGGAGUGGGACCUGCGUGCCCUGAAGGCGCUCGAGGAGGAGGAGCAGCGUGAGUUCCUGGCCCUCAGCCAGAGGAAUCUCUUCGAUCCGCUGCCGAAUCCCACAGCGGAUGUGCCCAGUGCGAAGCCUUCUCUGACUUAUGCCCAGCUGCAUCCUCACCUGCUGAAGCUGCCGACGAUUGACGAGUGCCAGCUGAUGGCCGUCAAGCAGCAAAGAUCGGCGGCCCUGCGAUUCAGUCGUGCCCUCUCCUUGUCUGCCCACUCACUCACCUCUCGAACCGGAAGCGGUACGGCCGGCGGAAGCGGAAGUGGCCUGGGCUUUGGCCGCAAACUGAAGGCCCGCUUAGUGGGCGCCAAGUCGAGUGGCUCUCUGUCGCCCGGUCGCCACUCGCACAGCUACAGUGUUUCCCCGGUAUAUACGCCGCCGCCCAUGAGAAGAUGUGCCACCUUGCAUCACACGCAACCGGUGCGAAAGGUCUUCAAAAAUCUCCAACAGCUGCAGGAGCGGAAACGCCAGGCGGCCGGAAGUCAUCUGCAGAGGAUCGCUGGCACCGGAAAGACGUACUGGAAGUACGGAGCCAACUCCACGGCUGCCUCGAUAGUGGGCCAACGGGCACGCCAAAGCCAACAGAUCGAGGUGGAGGAGUCCAACGGUUCGGAUGAGGUGAACUCGGAGCCGCAGGAAUUCUCCGAGGCGGAAACGGGCUCCUGCAGCGUGCCACUCCCGUCGAAGGACACCAAUGAAAUACUCCGCCUGAUGCUCAGUGCGGCCAGUUCGGCGGUGACUGUGACGCCAACGGCGGCGGCCAUUGGUAACGGUAACGUGGCCGGAGCAACUGGUGGCGCCCCGCCACUGCGACGCUACCAGAAUGCCAGCGAUGUUGAGGAGGACGAAACUGUUGCGUACGGAGCUUUCCACCAGGCGGCCAAAAGCUUCGAGCGCGGCGCUCUCCUGCGAGUCGGCAGUUUAACAGCCCAAGAGAGCGCUAACGGCCACGUUAAUGCCAUGAGCCCCAGUCCACAAAACAGUCCCGUCAGGGAAACACAAUCCACAGCGGUGGGUGGCACGGGCGGCAAGCGGAUGUUCAAGUCCUGCUCGUUGGAUUGGCCCGGGGAUGCACAACAACAUCAGCAACAUCAAGCUGCAAGUCACGUGGAGGUGGUGGAGCAGCAGGGCAAGGACAUUCGCUAUCGGCAGAGGGAUCACUGGGAUCUCGAGCACGCCCACUUCCAUCCCGAGGCACUUGGACACCUCACAUCAAGCGCCACCGUCAUCGACGACGAGCUGGAGCAGCAUAUCAAGCACUGUUCCUGCUCCUGCAACCACAUGGGCUACGGCAACUCAAUGGACUAUCAGACGACUGGUUUCGGCGGACUGCCCGACGUCACCGAGCACUCGAACAUCCGCCGCACACUGUCCCGCCAGAACUCGAUCUCGAACAGCGAUUCCGGCGGCGAGAUAGCCAGCAUCCAGAAGUCAAAGGUGAACUUUGGCAAUCCUUUGGCCGGCGGCGUGGUCGUGGGCGGAGAUAUAGUGGGUCUGGACGCCAAGUCGCCCACAUCGCUGGGCUCCACGACUGGAGCCGGUGGCACUGGAAAAGCGAAGGGAAAAGCGUCGAGGAAAGCGAAUGCGGGAGCAGAUGGCGGACAGAAGGGCAGGAGAGGAUCCUGGCUGGUGGCCAUCACCCUGGUCAGCGCCAUCUGUCUACUGGCCAUCGCCGCCACCUUGGCCUACCAGCACUUUCUCAUGGCGCCCAGCCGCAAUUCCCAUGCCCAAAGACUGAGAAUCGUUCGUCGAAUCCUGCGUGAGGUGCCGCUGGUCGACGGGCACAACAAUUAUGCCUGGAACGUUCGCAAGUACGCCCACAGCAGCCUGGAACUCCAUCUCAGCCACGACGUGGACCACAAGUCCCUGUGGGCGCGGCCGGCGUGGGCGCAAACGGACAUGGAGCGACUCAAGCAGGGAUUAGUCAGCGUCCAAGUGUGGUCAGCAUAUGUGCCGUGCGAGGCGCAGGGCUUGGACGCGGUCCAGCUGGCUCUGGAGCAGAUCGACAUUGUGCGGCGCCUGUCGGACAUGUAUGCCCGGGAGACGGUGCUGGCCACAUCCUCGCAGGACAUCGUCGAGGCUCAUCGCCGGGGACUGCUGGCCUCGCUGAUUGGAGUGGAGGGUGGCCACACGAUUGGCUCCUCCCUGGGGGUGCUGCGAUCCUUUUACUCCCUGGGCGCACGCUAUCUCAGCCUGACCCAUCGCUGUGACGUCUCAUGGGCAGGAUCGAGUGCAUCGCCGGCGGAACAGGGACUCACGCCCUUUGGCAAGGCCAUUGUGCGUGAGAUGAACCGAUUGGGGAUGAUGAUAGAUCUGUCGCACAGCUCGGAUGCCACGGCCAGGGAUGUACUUCAGGUGACCCGCGCUCCGGUCAUCUUCUCCCACUCCGCCGCCCGCCAGCUGUGCAAUUCCACGAGGAAUGUGCCCGAUGACAUCCUACGCCUGGUGGCCGAGAAUGGGGGCCUAAUCAUGCUGAGCUUCGACUCCGAGGAUGUGGCAUGUGGGCGGCAGGCGCGCCUCCAAGAUGUUAUCGAGCACAUAAAGUAUGUGCGGGCCAUCGCCGGCAUCCAGCACAUUGGACUGGGUGCCGGAUACGAUGGCAUCGAGCUGCCGCCCUUGGGCCUGGAGGAUGUGUCCAAAUAUCCCGAGCUAUUGGCCGCCCUGCUGGAGGAUCACAACUGGAGCGAGGAGGAUGUGGCCAUGCUGGCGGGCAGGAAUUUCCUGCGCAUCAUGGAAACGGUGGAAACGGUGCGGGACUACUGGAAGCGAGCGGCCAUCCAGCCCAUUGAGCAGACGGAGCCGCAGCCCAAGACGCAGUGCACCUACAUGUCCUCGUGACCGCAGGCGCAGGCGGUGAGGCAGCGACGGGAUGAGCCGCCCAUGGAGCGAGCCAAUCGCACCACUGCCACCUUGGCGGGGGAGCACUACUGGCAUCACAGUCCGGACUCAAGGGACUCCGCCUCCAAUCGCACCAAUCCGGCGGUCAUCGCGGCCACGGCAACGAGUUUUACGGUCAGCGAACUGCUUCAGUAAACUGGCUUGGACGGUCAAUCAAAGUAAGGGAUUUUGGCUUGCGGUUCGGCUCGCUGGGAUUUUGCGAAAGGAGGGGGGCCGGUGACGAAAACCCGGAAAUGGCCUUUAAAUGAUUUCAAUUGCAGAAAGGAAUACAUUUUUCUUAAAAUUUGGAAUAUUUCAUAAGUUAUAGGGAACGAGAGACAAGUUUUGCAGAAGUCAAAUUUUGCAGGUUCCUUAAAAUAAACAACCCAUUAGGUACUUUUUUCAAGUUUGCUUUACCCAAGCCCACGUAAAUUGAAAAAGGAUUUUGAAAAGGUUUUCGGGUGCCGAGUAUUGGUGACCCAAUUCAAAAUUCUUGAAAUAACUCAAUAUGUACAUAUACUAGCUACUUCUUGCAAAAUCUCCUUUGUGCUGCCAUCAACCGCCCUCGGGUCGAAAAGUGAACAACUGUCGUGGCGAACCUCGUGAAUAAUUAGUGUGUACUCGUAAUUUACUUCCAUAGGAUGCAUUGAUAGGCGUAUGAAUAAAUAAUAAUAAUAUAUGUACUAGUAUUUAGCCCAUAAUUGUUUGCAGCUAUACUUAUUGGUGUUGUGGCAAUGCAUAAUUCAUGCACAGUGCGCAUGAUACCUAUUGAUGUUGCUGUACCACGGGGCGUAUGCGCGACGCAGCGAACACCGAACACCGAACCGCAAACCGAAAUCGUUGUUGGCCUGCCUGUGACUGUAUUAUAUAUAUGUAGGGCGCACAUCAAUGAUUCACGCAAAUUAUCGCAAUUAAGCGCAAUAUAUUUAAUCACAUACAUCACACAUACACCCCAAUAUUAACCAUCAAAACGAAUUAAUUGCAGCAGAUUUCCCACAGUUGGCAUUUAUGCCGGGAUCAUAGGGUCAACUGUAUAAUCAGUAAAUGUGUAAUCAGUAAGCACCGCCAGCAAUUCAAUUAAAAGGAGAUUUUUCACCCUGGCUGCAUGUGAAUCCAACUGAAUUUCUGUAUUAGGCUAGUUAACAGAACAAAAAUGCAAAAUCCCAAAAAACAAAAUCAAAAAAACGAAUUGUUGUUCGUGUAUGCGUAGCUACAUAUAUACAUACAUAUAUACCACUCGAAAAACAGAAAAUUAAAGAAAAAGCCAGCAAAAGCAGUGCGUAUAAUCGAAUAGACCGACACGCAUUUCCAUAAAAAUAAAUCGGAAAUAAA